CGGGGGGUGGUGCGCCCGUGCGGCCGAGCCCUGCGGUCGGCGUGGCCGAUCCACACCGUGCGGGGGCGCGCGGAGGCGGCGGCGAGCCGGGCAUAAGGGGGUCGGGCGCGGGCAGCUGAGGCCCCGCCUGCAUGCGGCCAAAGGCUGGCGGCUGCGGCCCCAGGAGGCCAGGGCUGCGCGGCGGCGGCGGGGGCCCGAGGAGCGGGCGUGGCUCCGAGCGGGCGGCGGUGGCCCAGCCUCUGUGGGGUCGGAUGCUGGCGCUGCAGGGCCUACGCGCGCGGGGCUGCGAAGCGGCGGCGGCGGGCCAGGGGUCGUGUGGUCGGACGCCAGCGGCGGCGGGCCCAGCCUGGCGAGGCCGGAGACCACGAUGGCAGAGCCUGAGCGGGCGAAGCUCUGUGCGGGCGUGCAGCUGCCCGUGCGCGCCAGGCCGGAGGCGGGAGAGGCGGGGCCUGCGCGCGCGAGGCUGCGGAUCAGCGGAGUCGGGCCGGAGAUGGACGCGUCUGAGGCCAGCGGUGGCGGCCCGGGCCGCGAUGCGCCGAAGGCAGGAGACGCUGCGCCUGGUUGCCCGCAGCUGCGCGUGGACAGGGGCGAGCCUAGGUAUAAAGAGUCCAGGGCCGGCAGCGUAGAUCCGAGCCUGGCGAGGGCGCGUGGCGGCGGCGCUGGCCCAGGCUCCGUGGGGUCGGGCGCCAAAGGAGGGGCGCCGGCGCGCGCCGGUCCGGAAGCAGGCGUGGCGGACCCGGAGCUGCCCAUCGAUCUCGACGGCGGCGGCGAGCCCGAGCUCGCGGUGUCGAGGGCUGGCGAGCAUGGCCCGGGCCGCACCUCGCUGGAGGCCGGCGGCGAGGGGCCCGGGCGCCCAGAGCCGCGUGGCAGCGGCAGCGGGCCCGGCUCUAUCGCGUCCAGCGCCAGGGUGGGCGAACCAGAGCGGGCCAGGUCGGAGGACGGGGAGGCAGCGCCUGGGCGCGCGGAGGACCUCGAGGACGGCGAGGGGCCGAGGCCGGCCGCGUCGGGCGCGGGGAACGGCGGCCCAGGCCGCGCUGGGCCGGACGCAGGCGACGGCGAGCCCGUCGUCGAGUGGCUCCUGAGGGGCGGCGUCGGCCCUGGGUGCAGGGGGUCG